CAAUUCUAGUUUGCGUCUAUCGUGCAGUAAGCAUUUUAAGUUGUGUUGAAUUGUUCCUAACUCUAUCCAGUAUGGGAGAUGCUGCAGCAGUAGCCGCCCCGGCACCCGCUUCACCGAAGAAGAAGACCAAGGCGCCGGCAGCGAAGAAACCGAAAGCGCCGGCACAACAUCCGCCUACGGCCGAGAUGGUGAAUGCGGCCAUCAAGAAUCUAGCAGAGAGGGGCGGAUCCUCCCUGCAAGCCAUCAAGAAGUACAUCGCUAGUCACUACAAGGUGGACGUGGAGAAGAUGUCUCCCUUCAUCCGUCGCUACUUGAAGUCUAGUGCGGCCAAUGGUAAGCUGAUACAGACAAAAGGCAAGGGUGCCUCUGGUUCAUUCAAGCUCAGCGCAGGAGAGAAGAAAGAGUAA